AGGACUCGGGAGCGUGGUUUAUUUUUAGAAAAGCCUAAUUUGGGUUUCUUUGGUUGGUUGGUUGUGUUUUUGUUUGUUUUUUUUUAAGACCCCUAAAGCGUGCGUCUGAUGACUGUGUUUACUUAAUGGACUGAUCGGCUGUUACGUUAUUAAAGUUAUUUGUGUCCCCCCCCCUAAUUCAAAGCUAAACAAAGUGUUUAGAUGAGGAUGAGAGUGAAAAAUGAAAUCGUUUUUGAAGUGAGCUCUUUAGAUGAGGAUGAGAGAGAAAAACGAAAUUGUUUUUGAAGUGAGCUCUUGGAUUAUCAUCAUUAACUUUGACUUUUUUUUUUUUUUUUUUUAAACCUCCAAAGAAUACUAUGGUGUUUGCCUGGUGAGAUGGUGGCAGCAGAUCUGUGGAAUUUGAAGGACCGGUUAGCUUCUCAGGAGCCAUCUCAAGCCAGCUAUGACCAGUCCAGCAGUCAUAGAUCAGACAGCAGUCCUCCAGUGUCAACCCAUGGCAUGGAUGCGGACGCUCUACAGAAACUGAUUCAUUUGCUCCAGGCCACAGAUGAUCCAUUAAUUCAAGAGCAAGCUUUAAUCACUCUCAGCAACAGUGCUGCCUUCUCUGUAAAUCAAGAUAUAAUCCGAAGUUUGGACGGCCUUUCUGUUAUUGGAGGGAUGCUCUCCGAUUGUGUUCCCAAAGUUAAAGAAAAAGCACUAAAUGCACUUAAUAAUUUGAGUAUGAAUAUUAAAAAUCAGGAAAAGAUACAGGUAUAUAUCACACAAGUUUGUAGGAUCAUUGAGUCAGCUCCCCUCAACUCUGAUGUGCAGCUUGCUGGACUCAGACUGCUGACAAAUAUGUCUGUAACCAAUGACUACCACCAAAAGAUGAUAAACUCAAUUCCAUGCUUUCUUCAUUUGCUUUCAGAAGGAACUGAAAGGACACAGAUUCAGGUUUUGAAAGUACUUGUGAACUUAUCUGCAAACCCAGCCAUAACAAGACAUCUUCUCAGAGCUCAAGUGCCAUCCUUGCUGUUACUUUUUGACAACUGUAUAAACAGAGAUAUUCUGCUCAGAGCCCUGGCAUUUGCAGCAAACUUGAAAAAGAACGUGAACAAUGAAGCUGGCACCAUAACUGAGGACCAAUACAGUGAAGACUCAAUUUUCUUCAUACUUUGCAGGGACUCUGCCCCAUUUGCUCAGAAACUGGCAUUUUUGCUGCAUCACCCCGAUCCAGAAGUGAAAGAACAAGUUGUGAGAAUAUUAACACAGUAGUGUUGUUUUCUUAAGCAGACUGACCUGAUGAAAAUAUUUAAUCUUGGGAAUGCUAUGCUAAAAAACCCUGCAACAAGCAAACAAUAAAACAACGACAAAUAAACCCUGAAUACUACCAUAUUACUAGGCACAAAGAAUAUUUAAUAUAGAGAGCACAACAGAUUUUUUUUUUACAAGCAGCAAUAGCUUAAUUAACUGCAGUGCAGUUAACCACAACUGUGCAAAGUUUCUACACUUGAACAAAAAUUGAAAGGAUUUUAUUUUGCUUUAAAGUUGUCACUUUAAGGAAAGCAGGCAUAUUUUUAAAAAUAUUUUAUUAGGAGUCAAAGAUUAUCUGCAGCUGCAACUCAGUAUUCUCAUCUUUAUAAAAAAGUCUACAAGAGCAGUAUCAUACACAUUUUUACAAAAGCUUCCUGUUCUGUAGCAGCCCUUGAGCCUGCUUUCCUUGAGGAGAGUAAAGGAGAACUUUACUCCUUUUUUCUGCAACUAGAACAUCAUUGGGAUAAGUGCUUGUGCUGAACUAGCCUCCAUAAAGUGUAAGUCAUCAAUCGAGCAUUGACUCAAAAUGAAGUGGAAUACAUACAAACAUCACUUUAAAAGAACCUGAACAGAGUUUCACUGAUGAACAGAAAACAUACUGGAAAAGACUUCUAAAACCAGACUAUACUAAAAAACUUCCUAAUACUUGCAUUAUAGAGGAAGUAAAAAACCCAUCAGAUGUAAGGGCUUGGAAAUACGUUUUCCACUUUGUACCAUUUUUAAGAGAACUGUAUCACUAAACUGUUACCAGGUGCUUCAUCUUUCUAACUUAAUAUACCCACUCUGCUCUUAACAAAACAUUGCUAUCUUCUCUUUCUGUAACACAAUAGAUGUUAUUUUCAGAAGGUGACUUUGCAAAUAGCUGAAACUGCAAGAAAAAGAUGACCUUGAAACUGCAACCUACCUGUACCCUGAUCAAUACAGGGGUAAAGCUACAUGUAUCUAAUUUAACCACAUAGGCAGUUUUAACUCACCAGGAAUACAGUUAAGGCAGAAAUAGAAGUUGGCAAGAUUCCCAGUCAGAAUUUGGACAGUUGCUGCAUUGACAGCGAACUUCCCUUUCUCCUUCCCACUUCUAAAACACUGUAGAGUUUGUAAUAAGCAAGAUAUGUUACAAUCACUUCAUGUUGUGCCACUUUUUGUAGACUUAAGGUGUUCUCCUGCUGAAUUCAACAAAGAAAAAUUAAAGGUAGGCCAGGCACUAAGAAUUUACUAAUCUCACUCUCCUCUCCUGAUGAGGCCUUAAGACUAGAUUGUUAUAGGUAUAGAUGAUAUAUAUGUUUUCUUUAGCUGAGCAGCAGAGAUGUCCAGAUGUCCCUUUCUGUGUUCUCCAACCUUUUUGAUAGAGUUGACCUCUUAUCCUUUGCUUCAACAGCUGACAGAAACAAGUGACAUUUUCUAAAAAUACAUGAAAAGUUGUUACAGUGUUGUCUCAGUUGUCUUUUUCUGGUCUAGAAAGACCUAUUUUUAAAUGCUUUCUUCGUAGAACAACGCUGUUGAGAUGUUCUAAAAUCAUGCAAGACUCUCCCAAGCGCCAUCAUGCAAGGAUGUCUAAUUUUUUUAUUCCCUAUCCCACACCCUGGAUGGAAUCUUUUCAGCACCAGGCAAAACAUAACAGUCACCAUUCUACCUAAAAAUGUUGUAAAUUAAUAGAUUCAAAACAAAAUAUGUCUCUGAUCCAUGUAAGUCAGUAUUUCUCUACUUUGUGGCUGCUUAUCUGGGUAUUCUGUAUUUUAGUUUCACGCUUUCUAAAGUACAUAAUUUUACAGAAUAAUCUAUUGAUGAUUUUGCAAACAGGAAAAAACCCCAACCUACAACAAAACCAACCUUAAUUUUAACCUUGUCCUUCAAAGAACUCGAAACUUCCUGCAGCUUGGUGUCCUCCACAAAAUUAUGAACAUGUAAGAUGCAUUAUAUCACCCAAAUUCUAAUUGAAGCUGUUGUGUAAACACAAGGCUCAAUAGAGACUUCAUCUGAAAUACCCUCCCAAAAUCAAAACUGAACAACAGAGUAGUUUUAAACCCCUUUUUGAACAAAUUCCAGUGAAUACAUCUACAUGACUCUAGAAUUACCUUUUGAAAUAAAGAAAUCUUCAUGUUUGUCAAAGUUGAACCCCAGCAAAGAAAAGAAGUUGCUUUUUCUUACAUAUAAGUGUAAUCUCUGUUCCAGAACCCCUCUCAGCUUGAACUUGGACUAACUCCUCUUUGCCUCCUUGUGCUGUUCUUUGUUGAUAUGAAGAUCUAUAAGACUUAAAAUAUUUAUAUUGGGAAGUCCUAAAAGAGAUAACUGUCUAGAGUUAAAAGAUUACUUCAGGUUGUUCAUAGCAUGAAAUCUCAUUAGCUGGUUUUAAUUAGUUGCCAGAAGUUCAUGUUUUUAAAUAAUGUCUUUUUAAAAAAUUGUAUUUAUCUUCAUGGAAUAUGAAAAUAAAAUGUAAUGCACAGCAAGAGAAAAAACCCUACCCAACCAAAAACACAGACCAUAGACCAAAACAAAUUAUAAACAAAAAACAAACUGCCAAUGAAUUAUGAAGGAGAAUAACAACCCUUUUUAUUGGCAACGAUAGGCUUUAAUUUUUGUAAAUUAGCAUGGCAAUUUGAUACAGAUACAUUUAGCCAACUUUUAUAAUACUGAACAAUGUUGUAAUCUCUCAUUCAACUUUAAAAUUAUAGGGAAGCUCUAAGAAAAAAUACCACAGCCCUUGCUUCAGACUUACCACUUAAAAAUAAAAAACAAAACCAACUUAGAAAAAGGCUGAGUCAACACAAAGACAAGUGCCAUUAAGGGAUUGUUCCAUUUCAUGUGCUGCAUUUGACACAUUCAGACCUAACUUAAAACAUCGACAAAACAAUGAAAGUGUGCAGAGAACUCUGGCCAGCAGUUAGUUUAACACAUCCAUGGUGCAAUAUUAAAUUAUCUCUCUCUUUAAAAGGCACAUUUCUUUGAUCACUGUAAAAUUCAGGUUUUGUGGUUCAUCAAUAUAUGAAAAUGAAGAAGCACUCAGUAAAACAAUUGUACUGUGUUUGUGCUUUAACAACACAGCUGUAAUGGAAGACUCCACUCCACAAAACCUACAGUGAAGCUUUCAAGGUACAGGGCAGAACCUGCAGACUAACGAGAUGACAAUCUAACAAUGACUAAUUCAAGUCAGCCAUUAAUCCUAAGAAUAAGUCCUGUGCUGAGAUUAUUAUUGCUGCUGCAGGUAAGAUGAAGAGUGUAAAAAUAAAACUUUUUAUCAGUGGUGUA